GAUGUUGUUUUAACACCUGACAAGGUGGCAAAUGUACUAAGAACUCUUGAUAACGACAAAGCUCAUGGCCCAGAUGGGAUUCCUGCUCGUUUACUAACAGAAACUGCAUCUCAAAUAGCUCCAUCUCUAUAUCAAUUGUUUAACAAAUCGUUGCGUAUCGGCGUGGUACCAUUUGAUUGGAAACUCGCUAAUGUUGUUCCUGCUCAUAAAAAAGGAGACCAGGAAUUUGUGGAAAAUUAUAGACCUAUAUCUCUGCACUCUCUGGUUUCGAAAGUUUUGGAACGCUGUGUCUUCAAUACCAUUAAAGAUCAUAUUUUCUGUCGAAUAAAUCCUUGUCAACAUGGUUUCCUUCCCGGAAAAAACUGUGUGACCCAACUUAUCGAAGUUUUUUGACAACAUAGGAAAACAACUAGAUCGUGGCAAACAGGUCGAUGUAAUUUAUUUAGAUAUGUCAAAGGCUUUUGACAAAGUUAGCCAUAAACGUCUUCUUCUUCGUCUCCGUGAAUUUGGUUUUGGAGGCAACACUCUCAACUGGUUCCGUUCCUACCUACAAGAUCGUCGUCAAUAAACAACCAUCCUCGGUGCAACAUCUUUACCUAGUAAAGUAACAUCAGGGGUACCUCAGGGCUCCAUUCUCGGACCGGUGUUAUUUUUGUUAUACGAAAAUGAUCUCCCUUCUUCUGUGAAGAAUUCAUCGAUUGCAACAUACGCUGAUGACACCAAAAUCUUCAAAGAAAUCCAUAAUAUUGGUGAUGCUGCAUCGUUACAAGAGGUCCUGAGUAAUUUUGAAUCAUGUUCUUCAGAUAUGGGUCUUCACUUAAACACUUCCAAAUGUAAAGCUCUGCGGGUCACCAGAAAACAUCGCCAGAUCAAGUAUCCAUACACCUUACAAGAUAGCAUGUUAGAAAACGUUGAAAGUGAGCGUGAUCUCGGCGUAUGGAUAUCAAACAAUUUGACCUGGCGCAAACAGGUAUUGGAACAAUGCUCAAAAGCAAAUAAAAUGUUGGGUUUCAUCAAAAGAUCAACAAGAACAAUCAAAAACUGUAAAGCCCGUCGGACGCUAUAUAUAACACUUGUUCGAUCGCAAAUGGGAUAUGCUACACACGUUUGGUCUCCGCAAACCAUCGACCUCAUCGCUCGCUUAGAACUCGUACAAAGACGUGCUUCUAAAUACAUUUUAGAUCUACCUUUCCUUUGUGAAAGCAGCUACACCCAAAGGCUUAUUGACUUGGUCUUUCUACCUCUAAGUUAUUGGCAUGAAUAUCUAGACAUGUUAUUUUUCUACAAGACAAAUUGCGGUAUCAUUUGCCUCUCGGAUGCAGUUGUUCCCAAACAUAAUGAAAACUCACGAAUUACAAGAUCAGUGGAUCCGAACACCAUAAACUUCCAAGUUAUGAAAUGUAAAACCUCCACCUACCAACAGACUUAUACGAUAAGAACAACAAGAAUAUGGAACAUAUUAACAGGAUCAAUAACCGAUAAAUCUAACUCUCUAAUAACCUUUAAAAAUCUCUUAAUUAAAUAUUACUAUACCGCAUUAGAUAGGAAUUAUGAUGUGGAUGAUCCUCGGUCGUGGAAAACAAUUUGCCUGAAAUGUAACCAGGCCCGGGACCUAACCAAACCUAUUGCAUGUUGUUUUUAAAUGAGAUAUGUAUCUAUAUAUACAUAUAUGUGUGUCUAUGUGUGUGUGUAUGUUUGUGUAACACUGUACUUGUACGUUUACGUUUUGGGAUCACAGUAAUUGGCCUGAAGCUGUUGUGAUUUCCUGUCACAUUUGUAAUGUUAUAUAUGUAAUUAUUGUUAUUUGUCAUGAUGUAUUCUUGUUGUGACAAAGCUUGUAAAAUUAAAAUAUACUUGCAUAAUGAGCAGGGACACAGUGGAAUCUCCGGAACAUUUGGGAUAAAUUUUGUCACCAAACCAUAUGUCGUCAGUUCUGGAAAAUGGCGGGGAAUACUGAAUACGAUAUAAACUGUUCAUUUUUCUCAUUUUAAUAUUCAUGAAUGACUUUUUAAUAUUCACAGGAUGUUAGCCAGAAGUAAAAAAAAUCUGCGUCUACCUGAAAUUGGGAAAUUUAUUUUAGCCUGAAGCCGGGCAUUUCUUUGUGGGUCUGGGAGCAUGCGGUUGCCCCCUCCCGACAGGGUUUAAAAAAUAACCCAAAAACCAAUACACAGAUUAUCAAACUGAAAUUUUAGAUAUCUUUGAAAUUAAUAAAAUAGUUCAUUUAUUACGGUAUAAUUCCAGGUCCAGUGUUGACAUGUAUUAGCUGCCAUUGUGCGUCAUCGUCAUUAAAAUAUUGAUAUUAUUCCUUGUUGUACCUCAAGGAUAAGGGGGGGGGGGGAAGGGUCGUUUGCCUGCUCUGGUGCUGAGUUUUGUUGUCAUGUGUACAGCCCGCAUCAAUCCAUCCCUGUUCUAGCUUGUACACUUUGUCAUGUCAUUUGUAGUAUAGUGCAUCAGGGGGGAGGAUAUAGUUGCUAUAUGGGAGAAUCCCCUAAUAUCUGCUUCCCUUUUAUAAGCCCCUUCACUAUGAAACCCAAGCAUCUUUCACCUCUGAGAUUGUGGGUUCGAUCCUCACAUUGGAUUUAUGACGCUCUUGUGAAAAGUUUUAGUCAACACUCUACCAAAUUCUGGUUUCCUCCCACAGGGUGGGUUGAGAUUAGCCCCCUCACUGACCUUUCCACCAUAGCUGUGCGCCAGAACGUCCUUCACAAUUCAGCUUAGCUCUCAGCUACAAGUAAGGAUAAUUUGUACAUCCCCAAUUACUCACUUACUUACUUAACAGGGGGUGCUCAAAUUCUAGUGCUGAGUGAGUAGGAGCUCUAGGUUCCACACAACCAUCGACAAACAGUAUUCAGUAUUCUGUUUUUUUAUUCACUUAUCAUCCUGUUGUUACUCAAAUUCCUGUAUCUCAUUUUCUCUCUAAUAAUUUUUGUUUGAUCGAUGACAAUUGCCUUAUAUUUGACAGAGUAAUUAGCACCCCAUUGGAAUCCAUCCCCGAGUAUGAAUAGGGUUCAUAGCUUGUGUAAGUGUUACUGUAAAGUGCAUCUAUAUGGAUAAAUAUUAAAUCAGAUUAAUUUUAUUUGAUUAGGUUCAUGACAAUUGACAAGAUCAUGUCCUAAGUAUUUGAUGUGAUUGGCCAGCGGACUAUUCUAAUUUUUCUCUCAUGGCGGCGAUAAACACCUUUUUCUGACACGUUCACACCAUGCAGUAAAUAAAACUUGUCAUAUGAAAACUUGUCAUAUAAAAUGUGUUGCAUAAUACACACGUGCACUUGGCAAAUAAAACUUGUCACAUAAAUACUUGUCAUAGAAAACUUGCUCGUCUGUAACCUGCUUUAUAUUUAAGUGACUGUGUAAUUUAUCAUGUCUCAUGCAUACAUCCAUGUAAUUCUCUGUUAGGAUCACGAAGACGCUGAAGUUUGGUGCUCCAAACGUUCUGGUAAUGCGCCUGUCCUCUUGAUGGAAAAGGCGAAAUGUUACCUAAUCGUUGGAACGAUAAUUCUGGCGAAAAUGAAGGCAACAAACCUGAAUGAAGGAGUGUUUGCACUACUGGCAAGUUUUUAUCUUUUAGAUUUUGAUUACCCACGAUUUCUGGAGAUUGGAUUGUUCUCCAUGCAUAAUUAUGUAUUUAAAGACAUUAAUGUGCCUCAAGAUGUUGCUGGUUCAUUUCAGUCAGCACUAACAAGUUUCAGAACAUUCAAGGCUGAUUUAGAGUAG